AUGCAGUUAACCUCCAAUCAUAACAACCUACAAAAACUGCUGGAUCGCUUCCGGCCCGACCUCAAACCUUACGAGGCCAUCUACCGGACUCUACACAGCGAGCCCGAACUGUCCGGGCAGGAAGAGAUCACCGCCCAGAAGGCCGCUGAACACCUGCGCAGCGUGGGAUAUGAAGUACAUGCGAAAAUUGGCGGGCACGGUGUCGUAGGGAUUCUACGCAACGGCGACGGCCCGACCAUCCUCCUGCGGGCGGACAUGGACGCCCUACCGAUGGAAGAGAAGACGGGCCUGAACUACGCGAGCAAACGGACCGUCAAGGACCAAGACGGCGUGCGCAAGCCGGUGAUGCAUGCGUGCGGGCACGAUACGCACGUUACGACGAUGAUGGCGGCGUCGUCUCUCUUGCACGCUGCGCGCGAGCACUGGUCCGGCACACUGAUCUGUCUGUUUCAACCGUCGGAAGAACACUUGGAUGGCGCGAAGGCGAUGCUGGAUGAUGGGCUGUACGAGCGCAUUCCCAAGCCGGACGUCGUCCUCGCGCAACAUGUCGGGCGCAUGCGCGCGGGCUCUAUCAAUCUCCGCGCGGGGCCGCUACUCACAGCCGCGGACUCCUUUGACGUGCGCAUCUAUGGGCGCGGAGGCCACGGCUCUGCACCACAGACGACUAUCGAUCCCAUCGUUAUCGGUGCGGCGAUCAUUAUGCGCUUGCAGUCUAUUGUCUCGCGCGAGGUGACUCCGGGGAAGCUGGCGGUCGUCUCGUGUGGCAGUAUCCAAUCCGGACAUAGCCCUAACAUCAUCCCGGACGAGUUGGACAUGAAGCUCAACGUGCGUACUUAUGAUCCUGCAGUGCGGGAAAAGGUCUGCACGGCUAUCCACCGGAUUGUUAAGGCGGAGUGCCAGGCUGCCGGCGCGACACAGGAGCCUCUUAUCACAAAGACGUACUCGACUCCCGCGACGAUCAAUGAUGGAAAGACCAUUGAUGCGCUUCGCGAGACCUUUCAGCCAUAUUUUGGGGAUAAUCUCGUCGAAAUGGAGCCUCCGACUGCUAGCGAGGAUUUCUCUCUGCUCGCCACCGCUGUGAACGCACCUUACGUGAUGUGGAUGUUUGGCGGCACGGAUGAAAAGACCUGGGAUGAGGCCGUAGCCACGGGGACUGUGGAUGAGCUUCCGAGUAAUCACUCUCCCUUCUUUGCGCCUGUUAUCGAGCCGACGCUGCGCACGGGCGUGGACGCCAUAGUGCUGGGUGCGCUGACCUUCCUCAAGCAAAAGCAAUGA